UAGUUCUUAAAAUCAAAUGACGUCAUGUCGUUUUGAAGUUUCUUCUCUCUCAUAGCCACAGCCACCAUUUAACUGACAACACCAGCUCAGACUUUCAGACGCAGUGGCAUUUUCGUUAUUUCAUCCUCUUGCCGUGUCGUUUCUUCAACGCUUCUCUACUCAUUACUUUCCCAUUCACUCUAACUUUUUAACCAAAAGUUCGUAGCCUUUUUCUUCGCUUUUCACUCUUUUUUAGAAACCACCGUUAUCGCCGCCGCACACGACGGCGAUUUUGCAACUCUUUGAUUUCAUGUGUUUUUUAAACUCUAUUGCCGUUAUUGUGCGUUGCCUCAUCUAACGGAUGGGUUGCGUGCUUGGGACGGCGGCCGGUGACGGAGAUCAACGUCGUCGACGGAGAGAGCAGCGUAAGGAUUCUUCUGAAGGGAGAAAUAAUGUCGUUAGGGUUCGAGAGAAGCAAACGAGUCGUCAUACUGGAGAUUUUCCGGGGAAUCUUCCGGCGUUGGAGCACCGGAAACCUAUGCUUGAUCCGUGCGCGGUGAAUCAGCAGGGUUGGCCGUCGUGGUUGAUGGCUGUUGCCGGUGAAGCAAUCGGCGAUUGGACUCCUCGUCGUGCAAACACGUUUGAGAAGCUUGCUAAGAUUGGGCAAGGGACGUAUAGUAAUGUGUAUAAAGCUAGAGACCUUAUUACAGGGAAGAUUGUGGCUUUGAAGAAAGUGAGAUUUGAUAAUCUAGAACCAGAGAGUGUCAAGUUUAUGGCAAGAGAGAUACUUGUUUUGAGGAAACUCGAUCACCCGAAUGUCGUAAAGCUUGAAGGAUUGGUUACUUCUAGAAUGUCAUGUAGUCUUUAUUUGGUGUUUGAGUAUAUGGAACAUGAUCUUGCAGGUCUUUCAGCUGGUCAAGGUGUUAAGUUCACUGAAUCUCAGGUCAAAUGCUUUAUGAAGCAAUUACUUUCUGGUCUUGAGCAUUGCCACAGUCGAGGCGUAUUGCACCGUGAUAUCAAGGGUUCCAAUCUGCUUAUUGACAACGAAGGAAUCCUUAAAAUUGCAGAUUUUGGAUUGGCAACUUUCUAUAAUCCUAAGCAAAAGCAGUGCAUGACAAGCAGAGUUGUGACACUUUGGUAUCGACCCCCUGAGCUUCUUCUUGGAGCUACCUUUUAUGGUGUGGGUAUUGACCUUUGGAGUGCUGGUUGCAUUUUGGCAGAGCUGCUUGCUGGGAAGCCAAUCAUGCCUGGCCGAACAGAGGUUGAACAACUACACAAAAUCUUUAAGUUGUGUGGCUCUCCAGCUGAGGAAUAUUGGAGGAAGCAUAAAUUGCCAAAUGCUACUAUCUUUAAGCCACAGCAGCCAUAUAAACGUUGUAUCUCAGAAACAUUCAAGGAUUUUCCUCAAUCUUCACUACCUCUAAUUGAAACUCUUCUUGCAAUCGAUCCUGAUGGCCGUAAGACUGCCUCAGAUGCUCUAAAUCAUGACUUUUUUACCACUGAGCCCUAUGCUUGUGAACCGUCAAGUUUACCAAAGUAUCCUCCUAGCAAAGAAUUGGAUGUAAAAAUGAGAGAUGAAGAAGCUAGAAGGCAAAAAGCACUAAAUGGAAAAGCUAAUGCAGAUGGUGGCAAAAGAGUCAGAGCACGGGAGCGUGGUCGUGCCAUGCCGGCCCCAGAAGCCAAUGCAGAGAUCCAAACAAACUUAGAUAGGUGGAGAGUUGUGACCCACGCAAAUGGAAAAAGCAAGAGUGAGAAGUUUCCACCUCCUCAUCAAGAUGGAGCUGUUGGAUAUCCACAAGAUUCAUCAAGUAAAGGACCUGUUUCAUUUGGUGCCCCAGACACAUCCUUUAGUUCAGGGAUAUUCAAUAUGAAACCAUCCGGUUCUUCUAGAAAUCAUGAAGGUACAGGACUUCACAAAGGAACAAAAACUAAAAAAGAAGAGUCUCAGAUGGGUUCAUCAUGGAAAUUUAUGCGGCCGUUCAAACCAUCAACAAUUGGACUUUCAAUGGAUUUAUUAUUUAGGAGCAAAUGAUAAUCAGUUUCAUUUGAUUUUAGCAUCCUAUAAUGAGAUAAAGAAUGAUUUAGGCCUUGAUAAUCUUUUUUGGCAUGGCUUUCAAUUUUCUCUCUCCUGUAUUUCUCCUAUUUUUUGGUAUUUAAUUUGCAUAAAGUUGUUGUUGUAUAAUCAUCAUCUACAAUGGGGAUAUAGUAUCUGUAUAUCUUAGGAUCAAAUCCACUGCUGUACAGUUUUGGGAAGCACUAAUUCUUCAUGACCUUGGAAAUGUUGUUCCAUCAA